CGGACAUGACCAGCAGCAGCACCGCCCCCGGAUGAGCAUGUUCCCGACCCCUUCCGCUCGCCUGGACUGAUCCGCUCCGGUGGGCGCCUCCUCCUCUCUAUAUACAACACGCGUACGCAGUCUCCAAGAUCCACGACUCCAUCGCGCAGACAACCAAACAACCUCGUACAGCCAGCACAGGCGAUCGGCGCGGCCAUGGAGAAGCCGCCCAUCCCGAGCAUCAUCUCCACCGUCACCUACUGCUGCGGGGCGUGCGGGUACGACCUGAGGCUGAGCUCGCUGGCGCGGGACACGGCUGGCGGCGCGAGGCGGCGGUGCGUGGGCGCGGCGGAGGUGGUGUUCGACGCCAUCGACGACGCGCGAUUCGGCCACCUAGAGGAGUUCCGGUGGCUGGACGUGCGCGCCUGCCUCCCCUUCUCGCGACGCACGCGCCUGCUCUGCCGCAAGUGCGGCGCCCGCCUCGGCUACGGCUACGACGACACCGCCGCCGCCGAGCGCCCGCCGCGCUACCACAUCAAGAUCCGGGCCCUCCAGCCCGCCCCUGAUCCCUCCCCGGACGCCACGGCACCGUCCGAUCCGUGAUCUGAGGGUCUCGGCGUCUCGCUCGCUCUGCCUGCCGUAUUCUUUGAUUGCCUUGUGCAGCCAGCCGCCUCCGUCUCUUUCUCCUUUCCCUCGAAUCUCCUCCAAAGUCGCUCGCUUGGACCCGAAGGAAGGAAUGAAACAGACUGGUUGAUUCAACUUGAUUGGGAUCCAGAUUUGCUUUGUGAUAUUUCUUAAGCGGAAUUAUUGGUCUUGACUUGGUUGCGUUGUGGGACUGAAAGUCAAAAGUUGUGUACUGUUCAAGUCUGAACUUUCAGUGUUGAUUGCGACACUGCCCGUGCAUCAAUCAUACUUUAAGUUAUUUGUACC